UCCGUAUUCAUGAAUGAGAUGCAAAACUUCACGACGUUGAUUGUGGACAUGGUGAAGAAGGAGAAUCUUUUCGCCUCACAAGGUGGUCCAGUGAUUCUAGCUCAGAUUGAAAAUGAAUACGGUAACGUAAUGACCCCUUACGGCGAAGCUGGAAAAGCUUAUGUUAACUGGUGUGCAUCCAUGGCGGACUCGUUGAAAGUUGGAGUUCCAUGGAUCAUGUGUCAGCAAGCCGACGCACCCGAGCCAAUGAUCAACACCUGCAAUGGCUGGUACUGCGAUCAGUUCACUCCCAACAAUCCAAACAGCCCCAAAAUGUGGACUGAAAAUUGGACUGGUUGGUUCAAGAGCUGGGGCGGAAAAGACCCACAUAGAACCUCCGAAGAUUUGGCCUUCUCCGUCGCUAGAUUCUACCAACUCGGCGGCACUUUCCAAAACUACUACAUGGUUU